CUGAGAUUACAGGGUGAAUAACCCUCCAACAGCAUGCUGUUCACCCAUCCCACACUCAAACAAACACUUGCACCCUUUCCCUGGAGAACUUUGCUCUGUUUGACUCUAGCUGAUCUCUCAAGCUGAAUAUCUGCCACAGCUCCCUGCUAUCAUCUUCACCACAAGAAACACGAUUUUUUUCCAGCACCAGUGUCAUCUUGACCAAAGAGGAAACCAACAAUGUCCAGCAUCAUGAAAGUGUUUCUGCUCCUGGCUGUCAUGGUCUGCAUCUCUGAAGCCCAGAUACCAGAUCAGUCUUUCUCUGGAGAGCGUGAAACAGGACAGCAGUGUCUGUGUCAGCGUGUCAGGAAUAAAAUCAACUUGAUGUCUGACAUAAAGGACGUCCAGAUCUACCAAGCAACCAUCUUCUGUGACAGAGUGGAGAUUGUUGUCACCAACCACAGUGGCCUCCGCUAUUGUCUGAACCCCAAGUUGAAGGCAGUGCAAAGACUCAUGACUUCCAUCAUGAAACCAAAAACCUCUACCACAGCCGGACCAACUGUGCACACCUCCUCCACAGGCAGCACCAACACAGCUCGCAUGUGACUCCAUAAAGAAGCUCAGAUGACCUCUGAACCCCAAACAGAAGCACCUUAAACGAAUGUAUUUGUGAAAUGAAUGAAACUUUUUGUCUGUGGACCCUCUAUUAUACUGCUGUGCACUUACAGUAUAUC